AAUUCGUGUGGGAUUCCUGUGUAAGUUGUGCCCAGUCUUUCAGCAGUCUACUUUUCCAACAUGGCGAAAGAAAAGAUUCAAACUUCACCUCAGCGAAAAGCUACAGAGAAAUGGACACAGGCUGUGGUGUCGCUCAGUGUUGGUUUCGUGUUCCUCUUCGUUGGUCUGCCGCUUUGGUGGAACACCACUAAAGUUUACAGAGCUGUUCUUCCUUAUGGUGACAUCGAAGAGCUGGCUGCUAUCAAGCUGAGAUAUGAAGUUUAUGUCAAAGUUCUUUUAUCUGAUGGUUACCCAUCUUCAUUAGCGGAAUCACUUGUCAAGGACCUCAACCAUGUUAACUCAAGGCAAGUUACUCCUAGCUACAGGGUUUCUGUGAUAAGUAUGAGUCCAGAGGAGGAAGCUUUAUUAUCACAAGGAAACAAAAAUCUAUUAUCUAUUCAAGAAUUAGACAAAGCCUUCAAUGAGUUAUGGAAUAAAAGGGAAAACAGACCCAAGGAAAGCAUCUAUACCUUUAUUGUCCUGCCUCAGGACAUGUCUAUAAACUGGAACUCAAGUUAUGUUGGCAAGGCUUUCUCUGCAAUUCUCCCACAAAAAGAUAUUGCAAACAUCAAAGACAUUGUGAAAAGUGUUUAUGUGAAUGAGAAAUCAGUGCAAGAUGCCUUUAUGGCUUCCUCACUAAGGACACCUGAAAAGCACACUGCAGAAAGCAUGAGAGCACAGAAAUCAGUGACAGGUUACCAGAUCUCAUUCACUUUGUUGAAUUGCGACCCUGAGAGCUGGAUCCCUGAAUGGGACAUUCAAGGAGCUAUUGACAGUUACUUGCAGCCAUUUCUUAUGCAUUUCCAUCACUUGGACAUCAGUGUUGACUCACAAAUCCUCCACUAUGGAGAAGUUGGGGUGACACCAAGACAGGACGACAAAAAUGGUCACUUCUUUCACCAGGAGGACUUGCCACACAUUAUCAAUCCUGUGGAGGCUAAACUGGGUUCAUUUGUGUCACUUCACCCUAACUUAAACUUCAUAGUAUUUGUGCCAUCCAAGAAGCACACACCCUUGCACCUCAGAAGCAAAGAUGGUUCUUCUGUUCCAAGCAAUGCUUUUUUGAGUCCACAGUGGGGAGGGAUUGUGGUAUACAACAUGGAUGAUGUACCCAGUAAUACAAGUUUGCCUUUGAGGAUGGCUUUGGAUACAAGGCGCAUUCUUACAGUGUUUAUCACCCAGCUCAAGCUGCUGCUUGGUGCCGAACCAGUUGGGUCUCCUCAAAAUACUCUUGUGGAUGUUUCAAGUACUGAUCUGACUGAUUGGGAAAAGACAGCCCUGUUCCGUCGGAAGACCAUGGAGUAUCUGGCAACUGCUACUACUACCCUCACAUCCCUGGCUCAUCUUCUUGAGCAGAUUGGCAACAUGGUGAUCGGUGACCAGAUAAAGAACCAAGUAGAACAAGCUCUUGCAGCCAUACACAAGAGUAAAGAAGAGCUUGCUUUGGGAAAUGUCACAUCAGCAUUUCUAGAGGCCAAGUCCGCUAUUGUCUCAUCAGAAAAAGCUUUCUUUGACCCUUCCAUAUUAGCUCUUCUAUACUUCCCUGAUGACCAAAAGUAUGCCAUAUAUAUCCCUCUCUUUUUGCCCAUAUCUCUCCCCGUCCUCAUGUCACUCAUAAAAGGAAGCUCAUGGAUCAUGAAACUAUGGAGGGGCGAGGGUAGCACCAAAGGUGAACAAGCUGAAUCAUCAGAAGAGCCAACAAGCACUUCUCAUUAGGGAAGAUAGAACUGGAUAUGUCAUGCAAAGCUCAACAUUGGACGGAGAAGUGAAAAAACGAUUGGAUGCAAUAUCUUGAGAAUAUGUAUACUCUUCGGAGAGCUCAAUAUUCAAACGGAUCAAUCAUGAAAAGAUCAAGCUGAAAAUUGAUAAAUAAUGAAUUGGUCUAGACUCCAACGUUAACGUCACUAGGCCUCAUCAGCCCCUCGUACUGCGGGCUCACAGAAAGGAGCGGGAAAUCGAGCCUAGGACUGGUCAUCCUGAUUGAGAGUCAAUCAUUGUGGAAUCAACCAAAAAAGGAUCAAUAGUGGAAAGAUCGAGCUAAAAACGGUUCAUUUGUAUAUUUUUCAUCCUAAAGAGGGGUCAAUCAUGAAGAUCCUCACAGUACAAUGCAGACGGAGUCUCACGAGUUGUGUAUGGUAUGGAAGACACAGACGCCUUUGCCAUCUUGUCCUAAAUAAGAUUUAAGAAUAUACUUGGUAUCCAAAUCAGGCUGGACACUAAUCCAACUUUUAUAAUGUUUAUAAAAAAAGUAUUGAUGUAAAUAAAGAUAUUGUUACAA